AUGGCAUCCUCGACCGGGCCCUGGGCUCAGCAGCCUCAGCCUGCCCAGCCGCCAACUUUCCGACGCGAUCCCAACUCUACACCUACAUCUUCCACUUUCUCCUCCAUGUCCAACCAGCCGCAAACGCGAAAACGUCACGCGGACGACGACGAGGCGCCGUCGCUUGACCGCACCGGUCCACCGGAUCACAAGCGGCGGCGGCCAAACCUCGCCAACGGGUUCCAGGCGAUGAGCAUCUCGGGCUCGAACCCAUCAGACCUGCCGCCGCAGUGGUACUCGCACCCCGGCUCUGCAGUGACAGACGACACGGACGAGGACGGGUUGGAGCCGACGCGCCCCCCGCCUGACGGAGAUGUAGGUGUCGAAAUCCUCCCCGACCGGUCCCCCUCGCACAGCAUCUCCUCCCGCCCCAGCUUCACGCAUCCCUCCCGCCCAGGGCUCUGGCACCGGAGCAGCAGCUUCUCGUCCACGUCCCCGUCGGAGGAUGACUAUGACUCGGACGCAACGUUCCGCUUACCGCACCAGCGCGCGCCGCCGCAGCAGCCGACGUCCGUCGAGCAACCCGAGAUCAUCACGCCCACGACGCCGAAACACACAACGGGGCCCCCACAUGUGGAUUACAUGGACUCGGCGCACAAGCGCAAGAUCUCCCGCGAUAUGGACUCGUCCCCAGAACUCAGGAGCAAGCGACGACGCCCCUCGACCGAUUUCGACAUGGACCUGCCAGAUUCUCAGCGGGGCAAGGGAUGGUACGAGCCAGAAAAGGACCGGAUAGUGGUGACGUCUUUGGACUCGCCGUCGCCAGAACCUUCACCAGAGCUGGACGACAUGCGGUCUCGCUCGACAACCGCCUCCCCGCCGCCGCGCGACUCGGGUGAAGCCUACAACUAUGAGGAGAACCGCAACCUGUCUCAGCCUGGCCAGAACGGGUUCACGAUCUCGCCAUCGCUGCUGACGCACAUCCUGAACGCGCAGCGGGACCAGUUUGGCACGCAGCCCAACUUCUCCGUCGAGCCGGCCGAGCGCGGAUUAGUGCUCUACCGGCCUCUGGGCGGGAUGCCGGCCGAAGACGUCGUGCGGCAGUGGCAGCAAAAGGCGAAGCGGGCGAAACAGGUGCGGCCCCAGAUUCCCGACCCCGAUGGACACAGGUUCGAGCUGGUCGACGACGACGAGGACCUCAUGAAUGGGCCGGCUGUGGUGGGCGUGCCCUCAGAUGAGCUGUGGAGUCCCGGGACAGGCAACAUUUCGCAGAUGGACACGGACAUGCCGCCGCCUGGAGCUGGAGGGAUGGAUAUGGAGCCAGACGGAGACGUCGAGAUGGGAUAG